AUGAGAACGCCUGGUUUCAGUGGGGCAGAUCUGGCAAACCUCUUAAAUGAGGCUGCCAUAUUGGCUGGUCGUCGUGGGAAGACAGCAAUCUCAUCAAAAGAGAUUGAUGAUUCAAUUGAUAGGAUUGUGGCUGGAAUGGAAGGAACAGUUAUGAGUGAUGGGAAGAGCAAAAGUCUGGUGGCAUACCAUGAAGUUGGCCAUGCUAUUUGUGGUGGUAGAAAGGAAAGUGAAUUUAGUAAUUUUGGCCAUCAAGAAUUUCCACUGCAUUCUACCAUUAAUUUUCAUCAUUGUAGCAAGUUGUUUGAUCAACUUUUGACUCCAGGACAUGAUGCUGUUAAAAAAGUCACCCUUAUUCCCCGUGGUCAGGCACAGGGUCUAACAUGGUUCAUUCUAGCUGAUGACCCUACCCUUAUCUCCAAGCAGCAACUUUUUGCAAGAAUUGUUGGUGGACUUGGUGGUAGAGCUGCCGAGGAAGUGAUCUUUGGUGAACCUGAGGUGACAACAGGUGCAGCUGGUGAUUUACAGCAGAUCACGGCUUUGGCCAAACAGAUUGGCCCAUGGUCACUAAUGGACUCAUCAGCUCAGAGUGGCGAUGUCAUCAUGAGAAUGAUGGCGAGGAAUUCAAUGUCAGAAAAGCUUGCAGAAGACAUCGAUACUGUUGUGAAGAGGAUAUCAAGCAAUGCGUAUAAGAUAGCAUUGAGCCACAUACAGAACAAUCGUGAAGCAAUUGACAAGAUUGUGGAGGUCCUUCUGGAGAAGGAAAUAAUGACUGGAGAUGAGUUCAGGGCAAUUCUCUCAGAAUUUGUUGAAAUACCAGCUGAAAAUUGGGUCCCUCCUCCAGUACUAGCUCCGGUCACUGUGUAA